UAAAAUCAGGAAAUUCAGAAUUUGUAACAACGCUUGUUCAUUACUAUCCUCCUUUAUUAUGGGAAAAGGAUAGCGAAAAUCAUACCAUAAUACAUGCCGCAGUUUCACUUCGCCAAGCGAAUGUCUGUAAGUUAAUACACGAGAUAGGCCUGAUCAAGAACCUCAUCCUUGCCCUCAAAGAUGACAGAAAAAAUACUAUGCUCCAUUUAGCUGCAAGAUUAGCUCCCAAAAGCCAAUUAAAUAAAUGGUCUGGAGCAGCUUUGCGAAUGCAGCACGAAUUAAAAUGGUUCGAGGACGUGAAAAGGAUUUUGCCGCCUUCAUACAUAGACAUGAAAAAUUCAGACGACCAAACAGCUCAAGAAGUAUUCUCUUCUGCACAUGCAGAGUUAUUAAAAGAGGCAGAAAAAUGGAUGAAUGACGCAGCAAAAUCAUGUAUGGUCGUGUCAAGUCUUCUUGUCAGUGCUUUGUUUACGACGGGAAUUACUGUGGCGCUAGGAAGGAAUAACAGUACUGAUCAUCAUUUGAAAAGGGUCUCGUAUCAAUUUUUCAUCAUAUCAGAUGCAGUGGCACUCUUCAUGGGCUUGAUUGCAACACUAAUGUUCUUCUACAUUCUCACCUCACGUUACGCGGAAAAAGAUUUUCUAGAAGACUUGCCCUCAAAGUUGCUCACGGGACUCAUAUUUCUCUUCAUUUCCAUCAUAGCCAUGAUGGCGACAUUCAGCAUGGUGUUCUUCAUUGCUUACGGUGUCAAGAACGCGCUCCCUUAUCUUGUUCUCCUCUUUGCAGUCGUGGCAUUGGUCGUCUUUUUUAUCCUGCUGCUUCCGUUUGGUCAGGAGAUACGUGCUUCCACCACUCCCACGUCUUUAUUUGAACCAAGUCACAAUUAA